GGUUGGAAUGUAAUUGCUACCAUGCGAAAUCCUGAAAACGAAAAGGAACUUAAUCAAUUAGACAAUGUUUUAGUUGCCCAACUUGAUGUGUUAGAUUUGAGUUCUAUUCAAAAUGCCAUUCAAGAAGGAAUUCAAAAAUUUGGAGGCAUUGAUGUUUUGCUAAACAAUGCAGGUUAUGGAGCUUACGGUCCUUUGGAAGCAUUUAGUCGAGAAAAAAUUGUACGACAAUUCAAUACCAAUGUAAUUGGACUUUUAGAUGUUACAAAAGCUAUUCUUCCUCAUUUUAGAGAACAUAAAAAAGGAAUUAUCAUCAAUAUUUCAUCCAUUGGUGGAAAAGUUACCUUUCCUUUAGGCACAUUAUAUCAUGGUACUAAAUUUGCGGUUGAAGGCAUUUCAGAAUCAUUACAUUAUGAAGUAGAACAAUUUGGAGGUAAAGUAAAAAUUAUAGAACCUGGUAUGAUUGCAACUGAUUUUGCAGGCAGAUCUUUUGAUUUUACAAAUGAUGAAAACCUGAUAGAAUAUCAAAAUAUUGUGGGAGCUUUACUAAAUGUUAUGCCUGUGAUGUCUCAAAAUGCUUCACCUUCAAGUGUGGUGGCUGAUGUAAUAUUUGAAGCUGCAACCGAUGGAAAAAAUAAAUUAAGAUAUACCGCAGGUGAAGAUGCAAAACAAUUGCUAACCAAUCGUAAAGAAUAUGAUGACGAAACCUUUAUUGGAGGCAUAUAUCCUACACCUACAAAUGAUGGUGCGUAUAGUCCUUCAAAAUUAGCACUUAUGAUGGCAACAUCAUCAAAAACGGAUUACAAAAAAAUCAACUUUUCUAAUCCAAAUAAGCUUCCCAAUCGAAAAAUACUUAUGGUUUGUACAGAAGAACGAAAUAUGAAAAUGGCAAAUGGAAACCAUCCUGUAGAAAUGCUUUUGCCAAUGCUUCAUUUACAAAAUGCAGGUUUUGAUAUUGACAUUUAUACACCCACAGGAAAAUCUGUAAAAAUUGAAAUGUGGGCUUUUCCAAAAAAAGAUGAAGAGGUAAAAUUAAUUUUUGAAAAAUAUAAAUCUUUCUUUGAAAGCCCUAAAAAUCUAGCUGAUUUUGUGAAUAAAGAGAUGGAAGCCUCAAAAGAGUAUGUUGCUGUUUUUAUUCCUGGAGGACAUGGUGCAAUGUUGGGACUGCCAAACAAUAAAGAUGUAGAACAGCUUAUUCUUUGGUCUGAAAAAAACGAAUUAAUGAUGUUGAGUAUUUGCCACGGUCCAGCUGCUUUACUCGCUGCUUCAAUUUCAGAUAGUUCUCAUUCAUUUAUUUAUAGAGGAUACAAAAUUGCCGCAUUUCCUGAUAAAACCGACAGACUUACACCAAUUUUUGGGUAUAUGCCAGGACAUAUGCCUUGGAUUUUUGGAGAAAAACUACAAAAAUUAGGCGUUGAAAUUGUGAAUACAAAAGCCGACAAAACGUGCUUUAAAGAUAGAAAUUUAAUUACAGGUGCAAGUCCAAAGGCAGCCAAUAAUUUU